UUUAAAUUGUAUUAAAAGUGAGAUCUCAAACUCGACAAUAAUUUUGGGACAGAAGGAGUAUUACACAAGAAAAGAGAGAGCGCCAUUAAAGCUAACAUAAAUCGGAGUUUCUGCAUUACUGAAAAGAAGAAAACAGAUUUUAGCAGCAGUUAGUUAUCCAGAAAGUCAUUUCUCUUUUUUCCACUGGGCAUCAAAGUUAAGAAAACCUUUCUUGGAGUGUAAAACAAUUUUUAGAAUAUUUUCCAUUAAAUCAAAAUAUUGAAAGUUAUUGGGAUCUAUUAUAUAGCAGAAAAAGGUCUCAUCAACUUUGUUAAGAGUGGACAGAGCCAUCAUUCAAUUUAUUCAUCCAUAAUACUACUCUUACUUUCUUAGUUUUCUUUCCAUCAUCUUUCGUUUCAUGUUCCCAAAGUCUUGAAAUCGGCAGCACUUUGAUUAUAGUGUUUCUUGGAGAAUUGCAUAUUGCAUUGAAUCAUACAAAACAAUAAUGGGUGCCCGUUGCUCCAAAUUCUCAUUCUGCUGGUGGCAUUCCCACCUUAAGCCUCCUGUUCUUCCCUCCUCUGAUGCUGAGAACGGGAAUGCGGAGAAGAAUGAGAAAAAUGCACUGCCCAGUUUCACUGAUUACAGCUUUGAGGAGUUAAAAGCAGCCACGGAUGGUUUCUCGCCGGAAAACAUCGUGUCGGAGCACGGUGAAAAAGCUCCCAAUGUAGUUUACAAAGGCCGGCUUCCGUCUGGCCGUUUGAUUGCCGUCAAACGCUUCAACAAAUCCGCCUGGCCAGAUUCUCGCCAGUUCAUGGUUUCGUUCUCUUCUCUCUUUUUCUUUUCAACAACAAUUGGAAACUCUCUGUUUUCCGGAAAAAGUUUGAACUUUUAUGCAAUAAUGCCAACGAAGUUUUGUCAUUUUGAUGGUUUGAUUUUGUUAUGCAGGAUGAGGCUGGGACGGUCGGGAGCUUAAGGAGUGAGAGAUUGGCUAAUCUUAUUGGAUGUUGCUGUGAAGGGGAAGAAAGGUUGCUGGUGGCAGAGUUUAUGCCUAAUGAAACACUUGCCAGGCAUUUAUUUCAUUGGGAGAAUCAGCCUAUGAAAUGGGCAAUGAGGCUGAGAGUAGCAUUGUAUUUGGCACAAGCUUUGGAGUAUUGCAGCAGCAAGGGAAGGGCAUUGUACCAUGACCUUAAUGCUUACAGAGUUCUGUUUGAUCAGGAUGGAAAUCCUAGGCUCUCUUGCUUUGGCUUGAUGAAGAACAGUAGAGAUGGCAAAAGUUACAGCACAAAUUUGGCUUUCACUCCUCCAGAAUACUUAAGAACAGGAAGAGUAACACCAGAAAGUGUUGUAUACAGCUUUGGGACGAUGUUGUUGGAUCUUCUAAGCGGCAAACAUAUCCCACCUAGUCAUGCACUUGAUCUCAUUCGGGGCAAGAACUUUCUGAUGCUAAUGGAUUCUUGCUUGGAGGGACAUUUUUCUAAUGACGAUGGAACUGAUUUGGUGAGAUUAGCCACCCGUUGUUUACAGUAUGAAGCACGCGAGAGGCCAAAUGCAAAAUCUCUUGUUACUGCUCUCUCGUCACUUCAAAAAGAAUCGGAGGUUCCUUCAUAUGUACUGAUGGGCAUUUCUCACGGUACUGCCAGUCCAGUGGAACCAAUGGUGUUAACUCCAAUGGGAGAAGCUUGCUUGAGGAUGGAUCUCACUGCCAUCCAUGAAAUAUUGGAUAAGGCUGGAUAUAAGGAUGACGAAGGAAUUGCCAAUGAGCUCUCUUUCCAGAUGUGGACAAAUCAAAUGCAAGAAACUCUGAACUCAAAGAAGCAAGGAGAUGCUGCUUUUCGAGCAAAGGAUUUCACUACAGCCAUUGAUGGUUAUACACAGUUCAUUGAUGGUGGAACCAUGGUGUCACCUACUGUGUAUGCCAGAAGGUGUUUGUCUUACCUGAUGAACGAAAUGCCUCAAGAAGCAUUAGGGGAUGCGAUGCAAGCUCACGUAGUAUCACCUGAGUGGCCUACUGCCUUUUACCUACAGGCAGCUGCAUUAUUCAGCCUUGGGAUGGAGAAUGAUGCCCAAGAAUCACUGAAAGAAGCCACAAAGUUUGAGGCUAAAAGGAACAAGAACUGAAAGUGUAUAGGUGUGUUAAGUUUAUUAAAAACAUAUAUAUUAAAUUAUUAAUUACUUCAAGAUUUUGUACCUACCCUGUAUACCCCAGUCAUUCUGCAGCUUUGUAGAACACUUUUAACCAAUAUGAAGAAAAGAGGGGAAAAGAAGAAGAAGAAGAUGGUUUUCUCUUUUGAGUUUUAAUGUUCAGUACUCCCUCCGUCCCAUAAUUAUUAUCCACUUUACCCAAAAAAUUUUGUCCCAAAAUUUUUGUCCAAUUUGACUUUUUAUGGAUCAAGUUACACAUUUGUCCUU